GGUGAAAGUCAUAGUGAGUCAACAGUUGACUUUAUUAUCAGAUGGCACCCAUAGAAAGCCGUUUAUUGGCGUUAAAAAUGAGCGAUGUAUAUGUCCAAAUUGCAAGAAAACAAUAGAAGAUUGAGAUGACGAAUUUAAGGAGGUGGAUUUUACAAAUCUGCGAAAUAUCAGGUGGAAAGUGCGCCUGUUAAAAUUCGUAACGUUAAAUAUAACGUUGAUUUACAUGUACCUCUUGUUGACAAAUGACAGAGGAAUUUGGCGUUUGUGUGAAAUUGGACGACCGAGCUUUGCAAUAUGACUAGCAAGCUUAUGCAGUUAAUCGAAACACGAACUAAGAGACCGGUUUUAGAUGAAUCAGAGUUGAAAGUGAGCUCGCACUGGAAACUUAUCAAAACCGCUAUUAAACAACCGCAUGGGGACGAUCCAAAGAAACUUGAUGAGAAACAGUCUCUACAUGUAGGACACGGCGUUCAUUCAGUGAAUUCUUUGCCGGUUGAGGAAGAUCUUUCCUUUGUAGCGUUUAACUCAUUUAAUCAUAACUUUGUUGGAAUUGAUAAAGAUGGAAAGGCCUCAGUUUUUCUGCCAACCGGUUACCGAGAAGAUGUGAACAACAAGACCCUUAAAGAUGCCAUCUGUGGAAUAGUAUACGCAAAGAAACCUAGAUUUUAUGUUGCCUGGGGAUUUGAUGAAAAUAUUAGAUUGAUGUCAGAUGAUUUCAAAGUCAUAAGUGUGGCAACCUCUGUUAGCAGAAUUUUCAGUGGAGUGUAUAACGAAUCUUCAAAUGAAAUAAUAACUGGUGGAGUUGGAAAUCUCAUAUGCUGGAGUUUUAGAUAUGGAGCAAAAUUUCUUCUUCAGCGUAAAGUUUUUACAGAUUGUAUGCCUCCAUCCUGCAUCAUAUCUUUUCUCUGCUUGGAAGACACCCCAAGCAGAUCACAGAGAUGCUUUGCUGUGUAUCACAAUAAUGUGAUUAUUUACAAUCUCCUCAAUGGAACAUGUGUUGGACACCUCAAAGAGCUGCAUCCCAGAGAGAUCACUGCUAUGUUGUUUUUCAAUCCACUUAAGUAUCUUAUAACGGGAGCAAAAGACGGUUCAAUAAAGGUUUGGGAUGACAGAGGAAAUAUCAAGAUCAUCUUUGUUGGCCAUUUAAAGUCAGUGAACACCCUAGCCGUGUAUCCAUUUGGUACCUAUAUCAUGUCAGGGUCCAGUGAUAACAGCAUACGUGUGUGGAGUUUAGACACUGCUGAUGAAGUGGAUAGAAUUGAUACUAAAGAAGCUGUACUGGGUCUUGGUACUAUUGUAGGAAAAAAUGACUUGUAUUCCUUUGGACGAAGAUCGAUAGAGUUGUGGAAGAUCGAGCACAUUCAUUCUGUGUUUGCAACUGUGGGAAGCAAAAUCAAAUCUAUCAAGCCUACGACGCACCCAAGAAUGCCAACCAGACUGGUGUGCACAUGUGAUGACGCAACAGUACGUCUGUUGUCCCCAAGCUCCGGCGAGUGUAUCACUACCAUGUUGUUACCAAACAUGAGUAUUAUCGCUGAUGUGGCUUACGCUGCUGCUGAAAAUUUGAUGUUUACUUUGCUCUCAAACGGUAAAAUCUUAAAGGCAUCCACUCUGACCAAUCCAUGUAAGAAACUUCAGGAGUGGGAUACAAACAGCAAUUCAGAUGCACCCUCUUCAUGUACUUGUCUUUGUCUUUAUGAAUACGUUGUGCAGGAUGAGCUCGAAGGUGACUCCUGGGGAAAUUUGGUGACAGCGCUGAAAGCGAAAAAGAGAGCUGAGGAACUUGAGACUAAAGGACAAGCUAUGAACGCAUACGAUAGAACUCUGCUGUUAGGCGGCUCUACCAAUGGUAUGAUUGUCGUGUUUGACUGGCAGAAUGACACCAACCCUGGAAAAAUCUCUUUCCAAAUAGAGGGGCACAGAGAUGAGGUCAUCACCAUGGUAGCGAAUCCAGAAGUUGAUCAAGUGAUAUCUGCUGGUCUGGAUCACACCAUCAAGAUUUGGCGCCUUUUUCCGUUCGCCGAGGAAGCCCUUGCCCCUCUGAUGACGUUGUAUUGCCAUGAGACGCCCAGACUCUUGUCUGUGGCUCACCACAAGCUAUGUGCGGCAUUCCACGAGCCGGCUACUGCUUCAUAUAACAUCGUCGUGUUUAAAACUACUCAAAAAAAACGAUUUGAUCACAAUAGCGAUUGGGAUCACACGGAUGACGUUACGGGACUGGCCAGCUGCGCCAAAAUGAGACUGUUUGCGUCAUGUAGCGCAGACGGCUCUGUGAGAGUCUGGGACGAGUCCAACAAACUGUUACGCGUCAUCAAACUAAAUGCUACUCCCACCAGCAUUUGCUUCUCAAGUCAGAAAGGCGACCUGAUUGUGGGCAUUGGGAAACAUCUGCACAAGAUUAACUACGCGACCUACAUGCCUCAGUCGUUUAUUUUCCGAAUGGUAGCGAUGGAUUUUCGACGCGUCAUCGCUGAGGCACCGAUGGAUAUUGACUCUGAAAUCAAGGGCAACCUAACACCUGAGGAGUGUCAGAGACUGAGCCGAGUCAAGUCUUCGUUACACAAAUACAAUGAUUUUCACGACAUUUUGCCACAGGAUGAGAUGGACGAGAAAAUUCAGGAAGAAGAAAGGAGAACACAGGCUUUCUCGAAGAUUCAGGAGCGAGAAAACGAGCUAAGAAAACUUAGAGAUGGCACUUACCGAUUCAGCAGGAAAAGGCCGAAUAUCGAUUCAGAGGCAGUACGCGGAGAAGCGUUUGAAAAAUACCUGGAAAUAUUUUACAAGCGUCCUCACUUCGAUCUUCCAGACGAUACUCUGGAGGACAGUGGUGUUGAUAACGAGGAAGAGGAGGAACCUUACGCUGAAGACAGGGGAACGGGAUUUUUCUCGAUCAGUAGACAAUCGACAAGAUCGAAGAAAAGUCAGUCCUUCCCUGAAAAAACACCCAAAGCUGAGAUUGCGAGUUUAUCCAUGUCGGAAUUUGAGCCUAUUAAAUUACAGGACGAUUACGAAGGGAUGCCGGUGCUUCCUCCUGCGGAUGAACGAGACGAAUUGUCGCCAUCUGAGCGGCCUUUUACCAUGGAAACUGAAAGCGAGAUCUUCUCACACGGUGAAACGAGCUCAAGGGUUUCGCAUUCGGCACCAGCUCGCAGAUUGAAGGAUUUCCGAAAGCAUCCGAUUGAGCCACCGCUCGUAAAUCGGGACCGUGAUCGGUACGUUGUCGACGUUCCCAAGUCAAAGCGAUAUCCAUCACCUAGCCAGUCUGUUCAAAAAGUAUCACAGAGGCUUUCGCGCCUAGCUUCGUAUCAAAAUGAGGGCGACGAAGAAGAGAUGUUUGUUAUUGCACCCGAUGGCUUCAUUCCAAACUCAGUAGUUGUAGCCAUGUUCAAGGAUUUGAGAGAUGAAACUAAAGAAGAAGCAGACAAGUGGAAGCUGCCUCAGUUGACUGCAAAACAACUGGCAGAACUGGAGAGCAGGAAAAAGAAACUUCCUAAAUCUCCAGAGAGUCCUAAAGGCAAGAAAGAGAGGAGAAAGUCAAAUUAUGCCAGUCAGCUGCAACUGGCCUUAAGAGACAGUCCGUCACCUGAGCCUGUGGACGACACUGACCUCUUCAAAUCGCCCACUCCUACACCUCCCCCGUCCCCUCCCCCAGAAGAGCCGACACCGCCAAGCAUCCCCUCCCCAAAGAAAGAAAUCAAACCAGUUCGACCGAUUGAGAAACUGAUAUCGAGACCGAAGCCUCCAACUCCAGAACCCACACCUUCUCCUCCUCCUCCGACCAAAGAACCAACUCCAAUCCCUCCCCCACCCCCUCCUACUCCGUUGCCAUCGUUUAUUACUCAGUUUAAGGGAACACUUUGGUUUGACAAAUUCUUCCCCGACGCAGACUCAGAGACAUUUCCAAGACCUUGGACACCAGAGAGCUUUGUGGAAGUUUUACUGACCCUGAUUCAGAAGACAAAUGACCAUGAACUGAAGACACAGAUUUGCGCUGCCAUAAUGCUCUUAUAUCGUCAAGAAGGUCUGGACCGAGACGCGGCCGAGAAAGUCAAUCGAACCACAAUAGCUGAACUGAAUAUCCCAGAUCAUCCUACUGCACAUGGCUCGUCCCAGGCCAAACAGUUUUUGCGCGUGGCUCUACAGCUUUCGCACACAAUGAAAGUGUAUGAAGUGUCCUUUGUGGCUGAACUUAUGGCGCAGUUUAUUGAUGGUGAUGAGGAAAUCAGGAAGUUUGUUCUAGAAUUGCUAGCUUCUAUAGGAGUACCAGACACUGCUGGGUACUUUGUCAAGGAACUGGACUCAUUCGAUACCACGAGUAUCCCUGGAAACAGAAGGAAGGCUCGUGUAAAGGACAUGUGUGUCCAGUGGCUAAACAAGUGGCUCGGUCAGUUCAGACAACACAUCCGAUCCUUGGCUGGCAAGAUCAGUCGCGCUCAAGCUGGCAGUGUAGUCAAAGGAACAAAGACGCCAAAGACACCCAGCUCUAUCAAAGGAAUUUUGAAGACAGACAGCUCACAGAGGACAACGUCCGAGAUGUCCAAGCCGACGACCAUCUCUUUUGACCUUGAGGCCCUAGGAGGAAAAGCCGCUGACACGGCGAUGCCUGCAGAAGCGAUCAACUACUUUUGUGAGAUAAGAAUGGAAGAAGAACUGGAAAGAGCUCGAACGCGAACGCGAGAGAAGACUCCCGUUCAGGCCCAGGACAACUCCAGAAAUACAGUGCUCGUCCUGCCAAAAAUACACAGCAAACGGAGUCUGGCACGACUUGGAGAAACACAUUGCAGUCACUGUCAUCCAGAAAGAGAAACGUCUCUUGCCUUAGCAUUUCCUCUACCACAAAUCUAUCAAACCCGUCGCAGUGUGGUGUUAAACAAUAUGGUGCUUCACCUAAAAACUCUGACAUUGAACCCGUUUCCGGACGAGGGUGAUUUAGCAGUGUAUGAACCGUACCAACAGUCUAAUCUGUUGACACUGCGUUCGUCGCAGAAAUACUUCAUCCCUGCUCAAUCCUACGUUGAAGAACGAGACACCGAAAGCCUGGCUCAACAGAUAAGAAAAGUCCUAUUGUAGCAGGUAUCUAAACUCGUUGAAUUCAAGACGAUUUGUGACACCACGGUGGGGCGAAAAAAUUGAACUGCAGACGGUGGAGAAGGAAAGCAAUGAUGAGCUGGUUAGACACUCGCAAAAUCAUCGGAAUUGCAAUAUACGGGAAAAGCCUUUUUUCUGGGUUUUGCUGUCUUCCACAUUUUGAUGCCAUGUUUGGCCUCGAUUUCUGUCUUCUUGCGAGACAGAUUAAUCAAUUACGUAUUAAAGUUUUAUACGAACUGCAAACAAGUUUCAGAACACUUGCGGUUGACUCACUUCCAAAUACCUAGUAAGGGCUAUGAUGAAGCCAAUUCCUUUAGAGAUGGAAGUGAUUCGGCCUUGAAGGAGGGAUUUUGGAAAAAAGUGUAACUGCGGUGAGAAAAUAUUUUUAUGAUCUUAGGGACAGAAAUCCGAGCUGUUAUGGUAAUAUGUACUAUUGAUAUUUUCUUUGAUAUCAGAAUAAGUUCAUUUUAUACUUGUCCUAAUCCAUGGCUAAAAAUGAGGAAAUUGCUAUGAUUUUCGAAGUCUUUUAAUCUGAUGUAUAUGCCAUAACUUUCCUUCAUCUGAUGUAUGUACUAUAACUUUCCUUGUAAAUAUUUCCAAGAGUGUAUAUAAAUUUUGUCAUAUGUACAGUAAAGAAAGAGUGAAGAAAUAUAUUUUUGAAUAAAGCAUUAGACCUGAAAACAUGUGUAGAGAUGAAACAUUGUCAUCCGAACACGCUGUGUCAGAGAGUCUAAUUUUUAACAAUUAA